AUCGCGGUUUGCUCCGGAAACGUUUCCGUGUUAUUGUUGUUAUGAGCAGUUAGCAUGGGCAGCUACAUGUCAAGAAGUUUCAAUAAAAGGCUCCCGUAGCUCCUCCCAUGAUGAACUUUGAGGGUUUGGACCCUGGGAUGGGUGACUACCCAGCCAGCCUUCAUGGGACUCUGGAGGCCGGGUUGGAGCCUGCCAUGGACCCGCACCUCAACCCGAGCUUGCUGCAGGGCGUGGAGCUGGACCCGGAGGGGCUGGCUGUGUCGGUCCCUGAGCCAGUGCACCUGAUGGAGGGCGUGUUCUCUGAGCUCCACAGCGUAGUCUCAGAAGUUGGCAUCCCGGUCACCGCAACUCAUUUUGAUCUCCAAGAGGAGAUGCUCUGGAUGGGAAACCAUAGAGGCCAUGUCACGUCGUAUUUUGGGCCAACAAUGGGCCGCCAUUCAUCUUUCCAAGUCCAUGCCACAGAUGACAUCCGACACAUUCAGAGCUUGGAGACGGGGGUGUUGUUCCUCUCUAAGAACAACCUAAAAUGCUACACUAGAGGAGGUCUUGUUAUGUUCGAUUACCCGAUGGAGGAAGGAGCUGAUAUGCAUAGUCUCCUGAUGACGGAUAACAACACUCUGCUCAUGGGGGGAUUACAGAACUAUGUUGUGGAAGUUGAUCUGAACACAGUUCAAGAAACUCAAAAGUUCACAGUUGAGAUACCUGGAGUUGCAAUAAUGCGUCAAACGAGUCGUUUCUUCUUCUGUGGCCACACAUCUGGCAAGGUCACCCUUCGCGAUCUUCGCACCUUUAAGACAGAGAAUGAGUUUGACGCAUUUUCCGGCAGCCUGUCGGACUUUGACGUUCACGGAAACCUCCUGGCUGCGUGCGGCUUCUCCAGCCGAGGCCUGAACGGGUUGGCCUGCGACCGUUUCUUGAUGGUCUACGACCUCCGCAUGAUGCGAGCUGUUACUCCGCUUCAGGUCCACGUGGAUCCCCUCUUCCUGCGCUUCAUUCCCACCUACACAUCCCGCCUGGUCAUCAUCUCACAGACAGGUCAGUGUCAGUUCUGUGAGCCCACUGGUCUCGCCAACGUGGCGGACAUUUUCCACGUCAACACUGUCGGUCAGCUGCUCAUGAGCUUCGACGUUUCGUCGAGCAAACAAGCCUUGGCCUUUGGGGACUCGGGUGGGUGUGUGCACCUGUGGUCUGACGUCCCAGAGGUCUCCUUCAAUGACUACUCCCGGGAAACAGACUUUCCUCUGCCUUGUCUGGUGGACACGCUGCCUCAGCUGGACUGGAAUCAUGACCUCCUGCCCCUUUCUCUCAUCCCAAUGCCGCUAACCAGCACCGAACCGCUGCUGUCAGACUGGCCAACUCCUCUAUCUACACCACGUCCCAGACGAGCUCCUCUGGUCGACCCAGAAAUCCUGCGCACCAUGAAAACCGUUGGUUUCAUCGGUUAUGCACCAAAUCCUCGUACACGCCCUCGAAACCAGGUUCCGUAUAAGAUUAAAGACGUGGAGCUCGAUUACGACAACUACAACCAGGUUCCGGAGUCGCCCAUCGGACGUGAUGAAGAGCCGCACCUCUGCAUGGUGCCCAAGAAGUACAGGAAGGUCACCAUCAAAUACUCCAAACUGGGGCUGGAGGACUUUGACUUCAAACAUUACAACAGAACUUUGUUUGCGGGUCUCGAGCCUCACAUCCCCAACGCCUACUGCAACUGCAUGAUCCAGGUGUUGUAUUUCCUGGAGCCGAUCAGGUGUCUGGUGCAGAACCAUUUGUGUCAGAAGGAGUUCUGUUUGGCCUGUGAGCUGGGUUUCCUCUUCCAUAUGCUGGAUUUGUCACGAGGAGAUCCGUGUCAGGCCAGUAACUUCCUCCGAGCGUUUCGCACCAUCCCUGAAGCCUCGGCUCUCGGUCUCAUCCUCGCCGACUCUGAUGAGCAAACUGGGAAAGCCAAACUGGGACGCCUGAUCCAGAGCUGGAAUCGCUUCAUCCUCACCCAGCUUCACCAGGAGACUCAGGAGCAGGAAGGCCCGCAGGCCUACCGGGGGGCCAGCAGCAGCUCUCUGGGCUCCUCCGCUGAGUCGGCCAUCGGGAAGCUGUUUGGCUGUGAGGUGGAGAACAGCAGCCUGUGCCGCUGUGGGAAGGAAACGGUGCGAACCUCGCUCACCCUGCUCUUCACCAUGCAUUACCCAGAGCAGAACUCCCAGGAUAAAACAAUAAAGGAGUAUGACUUUGCUGAGAUUCUGAAGAGAAGCAUCUGUUUGGAGCAAAACACUCAAGCAUGGUGUGAGAACUGUGAGAAGUACCAGCCCACAGUUCAAACACGCAACAUAAGGUGUCUGCCGGAUGUCCUGGUCAUAAACUGUGAAGUAAACAGUGCUAAAGAGGCCGAGUUCUGGAAAGUUCAGGCAGAGUGUGCGUACAAUAAGGCCAUGCAGAAACAGCCUGCAAAGCGGACUGAGCCGCCACCCAUGCCUACAGAGUGGUGCUUAGACGGGGAGGAGAUCUGCAACACGGAGGGUUUCACCUUUGACACCUGGGCCGAGGAUCUGCGGCACGUCUGGAUCCCCGCCACCCUCAAGAUGUCCAUCAGCAAGAGCCAAGGGCUGGAGAUCGUCAGCUGGUCCGAAGGAGACGAAAUCAGCGCUGCUGAGGAGGCGGACGGGGUUUCCCUGUACGACCUUGUGGUCACCGUGCCGCACAUCCAGGACGCUCGCACCGGCGGAAACCUGGUCGCACACAUCAAAGUGGGCGAGACGUACCAUCAAAGAAAAGAGGGAGUCACACACCAGCAGUGGUACCUCUUUAAUGAUUUUCUUAUCGAACCCAUUGAUAAGACUGAAGCUGCUCAGUUUGACGUCAGCUGGAAAGUUCCAGCCAUCCUCUACUACGCCAAGAGGAACUACCACUCCAGAUACGACCUCCGCAUCAAAAAUCCCAUCGAUGCCAGCGUCCUGCUGACGGAGGCGUCGCUGGCUCGGAAACAGAGGAAGAGUCACGCCACCUUCAUCCCCCUCAUGGUCAGCGAGAUGCCGCAGGCGGGAGACCUGGUGGGGCUGGACGCCGAGUUCGUUACGCUCAACCAGGAAGAGGCAGAGCUGCGGAGUGACGGCACCAAGUCCACCAUCAAACCCAGUCAGAUGUCUGUAGCCAGGAUCACCUGUGUGAGGGGCCAGGGGCCCAAUGAGGGGGUCCCUUUCAUCGACGAUUACAUCUCCACUCAGGAGCAGGUGGUCGACUAUUUGACGCAGUACUCCGGCAUCAAACCAGGAGAUCUGGAUGCUAAAAUUUCCUCCAAACAUUUGACCACACUGAAGUCCACAUACCUGAAGCUUCGCUUCCUCAUCGACACCGGCGUCCGCUUCGUCGGCCAUGGUUUGCAGAAAGACUUUCGGGUCAUUAAUCUCCUGGUCCCCAAGGAUCAAGUCAUCGACACAGUCUAUCUUUUCCAUUUGCCCCGGAAGAGAAUGAUUUCUUUAAGAUUCCUCGCUUGGUAUUAUUUAGAUCUCAACAUCCAGGGGGAAACCCACGACAGCAUAGAGGACGCACGCACCGCCCUGCAGCUCUACAGGAAGUACCUGGAGCUCAGCCGCGGAGGUGGGAGCGACGAAGUAAGGAAGGUCCUGAAGGGACUCUACGAAAAAGGCCGCCAGCUGGACUGGAAAGUCCCGGAUUCGGAUACUGGAGACGGUAAAGGCGCUGCUGUGUUUCCCUCAGUGAUGGGGCUGUGAUCUGACCUCUGACCUUACUGCCACACUGGAUCCGCUGCCACCAAUCCACCAAUCCUCGUUUUAUACUUUUCUUUUUGCAUUAUGUUGAGCAAUAUUGAAUGUUUGUACAGUUCAUUUCAACUGGAGAAGCUUCAUUAUUGAAUCAGUGACCAAACCGUUUCACUUGUUUUGUUUUGUACUUCAAAAUAAAAGUGCUAAGUUAAAUAAUUGAA